AUCGUAUAUAUUGACGGGGAAAGUGACGUUGACGACCUCGACUUACAAGAUUCAAUAAUAGACGUUUGGAGGCUCUCUAUGAUGCUGGCUCAUGGAUGAGGUCAAUCCAAGGCGGCAAGAAGUGGCAGAAUUGUUUCUCUGAAGCUCGGACCAGCGUUCUGUCUUCGGAGUCUUGGCAAAGAAGUUCGGUGGCCAAAUGGGGCCGGAACGACCGCGGCAACUCCCUUCUCUCCUGCAGAAGAGGCACAGCCAACCCCAGGGCGGCUUUGGGUCCUAAUUCGUCCAACCAAAGUCUUUCAAGCAGUAGAAGAUCCGAGCCAAAGAAGUUCCACGGGUUCUCCUGCGGUGUACUUAAUCUCAUUGCUGUGCUCCUUAGUGAUGUGGCCAAACCUGUCACAGCGUAA